AUGAAGGAACUUAUAAAUCUAGCUUCCAGAAAACUUUAUAACAACCAAAGUUACGACCCAUCAGAUGUGUUGCUCCUCACAAUUGCCUCCUCGUUGAUCUGGAUUAUGAUCCCAGGACUUGCUUUCUUAUACUCGGGCUUGUCACGAAGAAAAAAUGCUUUAUCAAUGAUUUGGAUUACAGCAAUGUCAAGUUUUGUUGGAGCUUUCCAAUGGUAUUUUUGGGGCUACUCUUUGGCUUUUAGCGAUUCUGGCAAUUCGUUUAUUGGUAAUUUGAAAAAUUUUGGAUUCAAAGAUGUAAUCAGCAAGUCUGGUGAUGAUGCGUAUCCAGAGAUUGCUUAUGCCAUUUUUCAAAUGCAGUUCCUAUUGGUGACAUUGGCAAUUUUGGCAGGUGGAUGUAUUGGUGAAAGAGGAAGGUUUCUCCCGGCAAUGAUUUUCCUAUUCUGUUGGGCCACCAUCGUUUAUUGCCCCGUUGUGUACUGGAUCUGGGGCGGUGGAUGGGCUUCGACAUUCAAAUCAGGAGCUUUGGACUAUGCUGGAGGAGGUCCAGUUGAAAUUCUUUCCGGUGCAUCAGCAUUUGUGUAUUCUGCCUUUUUAGGAAGGCGGAAUGAGACGCUUAUGAUCAACUAUCGCCCACACAAUAUAUCCACUGUGUUCUUAGGGACCAUCUUGUUGUACGUAGGUUGGUUGUUUUUCAAUGGGUUUUCAUGUGCUAAUGCCUCCCUUAAAGUUCCAUAUUCUAUGUUGAAUACCCACCUUGCUGCUGGUUUCGGAGCUGUUAGUUGGUGCUUACUUGACUUUCGUUUGGAGAGAAAAUGGUCCAUGGUCGCCGUAUGUUCUGGCUGCAUCUCAGGUCUCGUUGCUGCGACACCCAGUUCCGGAGUCAUUCCACUUUGGGCCAGUGUGAUACUUGGUGCUUUGGCUGGUGUUGUUUGUAAUUUAGCUACAAAAAUCAAAUACCUUUGCCACGUUGACGACUCACUAGACAUUUGGGCGGAGCACGGAGUCGCGGGAGUCGUUGGAUUGUUAGCAAAUGCCUUAUUUGGCUCAAAAACCGUUAUUGGUUACGAUGGGGUAACUGAUCAUCAAGGUGGUUGGAUAGACCAUAAUUACAAACAGUUGUACAUACAAAUUGCUUACAUUCUUGCUUGCACCGCUUACGCGGUGGCAGUGACUGCGAUACUUUGCUUUGUCAUCAAUUGGAUCCCAGGUCUCCAGCUAAGAUUGUCAUAUGAGGAAGAGGAAGCUGGUGUCGAUGAAAGUCAGAUUGGAGAAUUCGCAUACGACUUUGUAGAAGUUAGAAGGGAGUUUAAUUCCGGUUUUGGUUCUUCUCAUGAAAUGCCAAUUGAUGAGACUAAUUUAGGAGCAAGGCGUCAUUCAAAUGAAGAAAGUACCCAAGUUAUUGAUGGGGUUACAAAUUCGUCAUCAACGAGUAUAUCAAGAGAAGAGGAAAAACAGGAAAAGAGUCAAGAACGUGAGGUUGAGUCUCAUGAUGACAGUCACGAGGUCAAAUCAUUUCGUCCUGAGGAAGAAAGGAAAUGA